UUGUUGUAUUUACGACAAUUUGCGUUAAAAACAGGAAAUUUUAAACGGAAAUCUUAAACAACAUAAUAUAUAAUUAUUAUUAGUGUAUAUUUGCAUUUCAAUACAGUAAAAACAAAGUUUUUAAGUUCCUGACUGAGACAAAAAUAAGGUUUUUAAAGCCUUUGAUCAGAACCAAAACAUAACCUAUUAAUAUAAUCGGCAUUUAUUUUAGCUUAUUUAUGUUAAUUAUUAAUGAAAGUCGAAGUUUAAUCAAAACAAAAAACCACAAUGUCUGAUGACGAAGAUAUCGCGUAUCUAAAGAAACAGAAGCAGGUACAUUAUGGGUCGCUGGAAGAACAGGAAAAGGCGAGACUAGCAGCCUUAGCUGCAGCCGCCAAAGAGGGAGCAGAGGACCCCGGCGGCAAAGAACUAGGAGACAUACAAAUAUCUAACGAGUAUAUGGAGUUAGAAGAAGAAAUAUCCAGAGAUAAGAAGGCACUACUUGAAGAGUUUGAGAGGAGACGCAAAGCAAGGCAACUGAAUGUGUCCACUGAUGAUGAUGAGGUAAGGAGAAGCUUACGGCAGUUGGGUGAGCCUGUAUGCCUGUUCGGAGAGGGACCGGCCGAGAGGAGAGUCAGAUUAAGGGAUUUAUUAAGCUAUCUCGGCGAAGAUGCUAUCAAUAAGAAACUAGAGGAGGAAGAAGCACGCCUGGAAAGAGACAGAGGUAGAGAAGGUACCUGGUACCACGAAGGUCCCCCGACCUUGAGGCAAGCGAGGAUUUGGAUAGCCAGGUACUCCCUGCCUAACGCCAAAAAAAGGUUAAACAAAGCCCGCGAGGAACUCAAGUUGGCUGGCAGCGUGCGCGCCGCUGCUAAGCAGGAGUCACAACGGAAGGCGUCUGCCUUUAGCAUUUACUGCAGCCAGAUCGGAGACACGAGGCCGCUGAGCUUCUGCAGGUUCAGCCAGGACAGCAAGAUGCUGAUCACUUCGAGCUGGUCAGGGCUGGUUAAGGUCUGGUCGGUACCGGACUGCGCCCCCCUGCAGGUGCUCAAGGGCCACACUUGCAACGUGAGCAGCGCGACCUUUCACCCGAAGGCGGAACUGCCCUCGCAUUUCCGGCAAAAGGUGAACGUAGCUAAUGGGGACGCGAUGGAGGCGGACGGCUCGGACGACGAUAAGUCUGCCGUUUGCACGAUGGCUUCGUGCGCGUACGACGGUACCGUCCACCUGUGGAACUUUGCGAGUGAAUCUCCCAUGGCUUCGUUGCCGGGACACAGUCCGCACCGCGUGUCCCGGGCAGAGUUCCACCCCUCGGGGCGGUUCCUCGCGACGACGGUCUUCGAUCACUCCUGGAGGCUGUGGGACUUGGAGACAGCGACCGAAGUUUUGCAUCAAGAGGGUCACGCUAAGCCGGUCUAUAGUAUAGCUUUCCAGUGCGACGGGUCCCUGGCCGUCACCGGCGGCAUGGACGCUUUCGGUCGAGUGUGGGACCUCCGCACGGGUCGCUGCGUGAUGUUCCUGGAGGGUCACCUGGGUCCCGUGCUGGGGACGGACUGGUCCCCGGCCGGACACUGCCUCGCCACCGCCGCCGGAGACCACCAGACCAAGAUCUGGGACCUCCGGAGGCGCUCGUGCCUCUACACGGUCCCGGCUCACGCGCAUCUGGUCAGCGACGUCCGAUACCAACGAAGCCACGGGCACUUUCUACUAACGGCUUCGUACGACCGGAGCGCGAAGCUGUGGUCCAACCCGGCCUGGCACCCGCUGCGGACCCUCAGCGGACACGACAACAAGGUGAUGAGCGCGGACAUAUCCGGGGACAGCAGACACGUGGCCACGUGCUCCUACGACCGGACCUUCAAGUUGUGGGCUCCGGAGUUGAUAUAAAUAAACAUGUACUCUUUUG